AUUGCCAUCGAAUUUGGAUUUGCUGCCGACUUUGGGCAACGGGCACAUUGGAUUUACUGCCUUUAGCCAAAAUGUAUACAUGAAUGGCGUUUAUAACGGCAAGGAAGGUGACAGUUCACGUGCGCGAAUUCCCAAUUGGGCGAACAUUCGAAUGGAUUAUUGCACAUCGCGACAAUCGAACGAGUGCGAAUGGAAUUUGAAUGUCAAAGACGGCGUUUUUCGAGAGACAAUUCGCACAAAAGACUUCCAUCUGGAGCACGUUAUCUUUGCUCAUCGGAUUUUUAAUCGGGCGAUUAUCAAUCAAAUCAGUGUGACGAGAUUAAGUAACAAUGGAGAUUUAACAUUAAAAUUAUCUCAAAAUCCGGGCCCUUCAAGCAUAUACGAGAAAUUUUCCUAUCCUGAUCGUGUUGAUAUUGACUUCAAUGUGACAUCGAGUGAAAUAAUAACAAAUCGUCUUGUGCAUCGAAAAUGCGGAAACACGUUAAUUGUCGAAGAUGAACGUUACCAAAAAGAAACUCGUGCAGUUUGUGUCUUCUAUACUGAUAUACCACAAACUUUAGUCAUGAAAAUUAAUGAAUUUUCGAAUAUUUGGACUUUUAUAAUGACAGUAGAUGAAUCAACAGAAGUUGCGAGGGCGGAAAUCACCGAUUUACUUCUCUUACCUGAUCAUGUCAUUUUUAACUCUCACAAAGGAUCAUGGAACAACUUUUGGUCUCAUCAAUUCGAUAUUCAUCUAUUUGGCGAUCCGAAUCUUGCUUCGGCAAUUCAUGCAAGCAUCUUUUAUCUUGCAAGUAAUCUUCCUUCGCCCGUAACACGUCAACCACAAACGCAAUUUUACGGUUUGAGUCCCAAUGGGCUUGGAAGAGGAGGUUUUAACGAAGAUUAUUGGGGACAUAACUUUUGGGAUACUGAAAUUUGGAUGUUUCCAACGGUGAAUUUCAUGAAUUCGGGUUGGGCUCGUCAAUUAUUGGGUUAUCGAUAUCUCGUUUUGGCAGCUGCUAUGGAUUUCGCUAACGAAACAGGCUUUCGAGGAGCUCGUUUUCCAUGGGAAAGCGGAUUUACAGGACGAGAAGUUACGCCAGAGCCUAUUUAUUCGAACGAAAUUCACAUAACAGCUGAUGUGAGUUUCGCAAUGAGACAAUAUUUCGCAAUGACACACGAUAAGGAAUGGCUUAUUGAUGAAGGUUGUGAAAUGUCACGAGAAAUUGCGAGAUUUUUCGCAAGUAGAAGUGUUUUUAACGAAACAACGGGAAAAUAUGACAUCAAUGAAGUAAUUGGACCUGAUGAAGACAACAAAUUGAUCAAUAAUAAUGUUUUUACGAACGUUGCUGCGAGUUACGCUCUCAAAUUUGGCGUUUUCACGGAAUGUUUGUGUUCAAAACUAAUCAAUUACUAUCCCGAAAAUUCUCCUGAAACAUCAUUAUGGAACAAAAUAGCCGAUAAUUUACAUAUCAAUUAUGAUGCAGUGAACGAUUAUCAUCCCCAAUUUGACGGAUAUAAAAUUGGAACGAGCAUCAAACAAGCUGACACAAUUUUACUUGGAUUUCCGCUUGAAUAUCAAGGCAUGAAUGCCUCAACACGCGCAAAUGAUCUCGAAAUUUACGAAAAAGUCACUCGUGCUUCGGGUCCCGCAAUGACAUGGAGCAUGCAUGCUAUCAACCAUCUCGAUUUGCAACACAAAUCCGAAGCUGAUCGAUUUUUGAACAAAAGUUAUGCAGAUUACAUUCGUUCUCCGUUCAACGUUUGGUGCGAAUACACAUCACAAGGAUGCGGCGCAGUAAAUUUCAUUACAGGAGCCGGCGGAUUUCUUCAAGUAAUUUUAUCGGGAUAUGCGGGUAUUCGAACACGAUUGGAUCAUUUGCUCAUCAAAAAUCCUGAAAAAUUACCUGAUGUACAAAAAUUCAAAAUUCAUGGAUUAACUUACAUGGGAAAUCGUUUCAGCGUGAAUUACGAUCCAAACGUCUCUUUUAUUGAAUUUUCAGAGAUUAAUGAGAAUAGACCUCGGUUAGUUGUUGAAUCGGAAGGAAUUAAAUAUCUCGCUUGUAGGAAUUGCAAAUUUCACAUUUUUGGCGAUGAUCUGAAGCUAUACUUGGAUUACAGUUACCCAAUCAAUCAGUGUCUCAUUGCUUGAUUCAAACAUGUUGUUUAAAUUAAUAAAUUUCGGAAUAAAUGUCACACACGCAAUAAAUGAUUAGAUGAUUAGAACGAAACAAGCCACUAAAUAGCCUUCAUGUCGGAAAAUUGUAAUAAUUUGUCCAUUGUCAUGUAACAAAUAAUCAAAUUACCAACAAUCUAUCACUGUCCUUUGCGUUGUCUGUUUGAAAAUUUACUCGAAAUUGAUGAAACAACUACCUUUGACGGCAGAUAUUUAACAAAUUCAUCUCGAGCUGGGAGGACAACCACACAUUUAACACGAAAUUUAUCAGGUCAGAGAUACGCAAUGAAUAAAUUAUUGU